ACAGCUUUCUAUGCUGAUUUUUCUUCCUGCCAGAAAAUGAGCUGCAAUCUUUUCCUCCUUGCUUUCGUCCUGGGCAUUGGUGGAACUUUCCAGUAUGGGUUGCAGAUCUCCAUUAUCAACUCUCCUGCUGAGUACAUCAAAAGUUUCAUACGUGAGACCUGGCUGAAGAGAUAUGGAUCUUCUCCCAGUGAAGAGAUAAUUACUUUGAUGUGGUCCUUCGUUGUGUCCAUUUACACCAUUGGUGGGCUCCUGGGCUCCAUGUCUGUCAGAUACAUGUCUGUUAAAUUUGGAAGGAAGAAGUCCAUGCUGCUUGCCAACAUCCCUGCUCUGUUGAGCGCAACUCUCAUGGCACUCAGUCGGCUGUCUGGGUCCUUUGAGAUGAUCAUCAUUGGGAGAUUAUUUGCUGGCGUGUGUGCAGGUUUAGGUCUGAAUAUCCAUAUCAUGUAUGCGGGAGAAUGCGCCCCACAGAAGCUGCGUGGGGUGAUUGCCAUAACUGCUUCCACUGCCAUUGCCGUGGGAAAGUUUGCAGGAUUUGCUCUGGGUCUCAGAGAAGUUCUGGGAGUAGAAGCUCUGUGGCCCGUUCUCAUGGCAGCAAAUGCAAUUCCUGCCCUCAUUCAGCUGCUCACCCUCCCCUUCUUCCCAGACUCUCCCCGCUACCUGCUCAUCGACAAAAAGGACAAGGAGGGUUGCAUCAAAGCUGUGAAGCAGCUCUGGGGGGACGGUGACCACAUGGCCGAAGUGGAUGACAUGAUUGCAGAGCAAGAAGCCAUCCGUGGGGAGAAAUCUAAGAGUGUUUGUGAUCUUAUUCGUGACAAAUCUGUCCGUUGGCAGUUCAUCACUCUCUUUCUUGUCUCCUCAUGCAUGCAGCUAAUUGGAGUCAAUGUGGUUUACUUUUAUGCAUACAACGUCUUCUUAAAAGUUGGACUCUCCCCUGCCCAAACCCGCUAUGUCUCCCUGGGAGUUGGGAUCACCGAGAUCCUCACCACAGCUCUGUGUGGCUUCCUCGUGGACCGUGCUGGGAGGAAGGCACUGCUAUGGAAAACCCACACUGCUAUGGCCUUGGCCUUAGGACUUCUCACAGUCACGCUUGCUUUACAGGAUUCUUUCUCCUGGAUACCAUAUUGCUCCGCUGCACUCAUUUUUAUCUUCAUCAUGAGCUUCGGUCUUGGGCCAGCUGGAGUAUUAUGCCCCCUACCCACAGAAAUAUUUAUUCAGUCAUACAGACCAGCUGCUUAUGCUUUUAAUGGUGCUACAAACUGGAUCCAGCUCUUCUUUCUUGGACUUUUGUUCCCUUUCAUGGUGGAAGGCCUUGGUAGUUUUUGUUUCAUCAUUUUCCUGGCAUACUGUCUGUCCAUGGCUAUCUUUGUCUACCUGGUAGUGCCAGAGACCAAAGGAAAGACCAUGCUGCAGAUCAUGGAGGAGUUCAACCGCCUGAACUACCGCAGAAAGAAGGGACAGGCAGCCCUACAGCAGAAUAACUGCUCACUGACAACUGUUACUAGACUUUAGUAACAAACUCUCCACCCCAUAUUCUGUUCUUUUAUUACUCUUGUGCCCAGAAGCCUCACUACACAAAAAAGAUUUUAUUGCUCCCAGACAGAACAAAUGUGUAUUAAAAAAGUAGUGGCCUGCUGUGCAGGGUGCAGGAUGACCUUGGUGGUUCUCUCCAACUGCUGAAAUAUGAACUGAAUUAAAUGCUCAAGGAAGGAAGGAAGGAAGAAGGGAAGGAAGGGAGUGAAGGGGAGAGGGGAGGCAGGAAGGAAGGAAGGAAGGAAGGAAGGAAGGAAGGAAGGAAGGAAGACAGGGAGUAAAGAAAGAAUAUUUUCACUCUCUGCAAGUUGCCAUCUGUGUAAACUGAAAACACAGGAUCAGCUAUAUUUUCUAUCAAAACCAGGACUCCCAUAUUGCAGGACAGUGUGAGUGUGGAAGGCUCAGACAUACAGCAUAGUUGUGAAAAGGAAGAAAAUUAAGACACAGGCUUUCACAUCAAAAUUACUUGCUACUGUUUACAAGAUGGUGCUGCUGAGCUUCAAUCCAGACGAAGUGUUUUGCUUUUUGAACCAGUGGAGGAAGAGUACCACUCCUGUCAGAGGACAUAAUUGCUACGCAGUGUUUUCCCCUCUUACAAUUCGACUUGAGAGCAAGCAUGCAGUUCUCAGUCAACUAGGCCUUUCUUGAGCUGCUUGUGACCAGGUUUCUGUGAGCUGCAGGAUUUUUUUAAUCUUCUUUUUUUUUUUACUUUUUGGAGGGAAAUCAUUGCUACAUCUGAAUGAGAAAAGUGUAAAGGAGUAAAGGAAACACUAUGUUAGAGAAGCAUCCAAGCGUAACCUGCCAUCUCUAGCCAAACUUCUUAUUUUGCAAUCAAAUACAUUAUUUAGAUUUCUGAGAUUCUUCUACUUGGACGUACAAGGAUAGACCACCACUGAAAUAAAGCACGAGCAAAGAAAGCAGAACUGCAAGAAAGCCUAAGUAGGCUAAUCCACUGUGGGCUAGGUUCUCCUACACCAUUAAUAAUGACAUUGGAGCAUGCCUUCAGCCUGGAGUUGUUUCAUGUCAGACAGAAGGAGCACUGAGUUUCGAUGGGAUUCAGUUCCCACGUCUCUGGUACUGAUGAAACAAAGAGUGAUGCCUCUGCUAGAGAACCCAACCUGUGUCUGAGCAUUUGCUCAUCUCUCUAGGUCUCUAAAUACUCUAAUUCUCACUACAAAGUAUGGGAAAAGGGCCUCACUUUUUCUAUUCUUUGCUAUACAGUGUGAAACACAUUUGCUUGUUGUGCUUUGCAGUUUACUGACAAGAAAAUAAAAACGCAGCAAUUUGGCAAACACGUCCCACUGAUCAUGCUGGUGUUUGGCUUUCACUGAUUAAAGAGUCGGGGCCAGAGGAAUGCCCAACUCUGGGACAGUUUUAUCAGGGUGAGAUUUUAUUCUGGAAAUGAAACCUCCACCACUGGCUGUUGCAGAUGCUGUACAAUGCAAUAAAAUUUGCAAAAGGAUCUAAAUGUUGAGGGUAGUUUCUUUUGCAGGCCUAAUCUGCUGUUUGAUCAUCACACCACCCUCUAGCAAGAUCUGUAGCA